UGGGAUGCUGGCUUUCGUUCCCCCCUUCUCAGGUAUUAUGCAUCGUUUUUUUUCUUUCGGCCUUCUUCAAUUUGUGUGCGUUCCCCAAAACCAGCAAACAGAAUGUGGGCUGGGGGUGGGAUGAUCACAAGGGCAGUGACUCAGCAUCCACACCCCAAUUCUGUGGCUCUACUGCCUUAUGAACCCGUGCAUGCGCAGACCUUUGAACCACCCAAAUCUGUGGUUUCACGACCAUUGAAAUACAUGGCUUUGCAGGCCUGUGAACCCAACUCUUUGGGGCCCGAGGACACCUGUCUGUUUGAGGUGUUCGCCUGUCCUGGCAUUCCUUUCUUUGAAGCUUAUUGACACCUUGCCAGGUUACAUUCUCUCAACAUUUUUUUUACUUGGGACUGAGACUUGCAAAAACCCUCACUAUUGACCGCUGCGGAAGCCACAUAGCCAGUACCUCUCUAGCAUCUAAUCUAUACAGUUCUAACUGUAAUUAGCAGAACAAGUGCGCUUCCCCAUGGGUCUACACAUGUCUACACCAGGUUUCAUACUGUUGCCUGAAUUUGAGGGUAUAGAUAUAGAGCUGCUCCAUCCAUCCAAGCCUGCAAAGCAUUUCCCGUGGAGCAUGGAAACCGCACAGUUGGAGACCAGUAGCAGCACCAACCACCGAAGGUUCCAGCCUACGAGCCGUGCCAGGACGCAUGGCUGGAUUCAUUGCUCAGUCUUGGAGCCCUCUGGGGAAUUGUUGCGCAGUGUUCGCCUUGUAGCCUUGUAUAGGAAGUACAGGAUAGCCAGUAUGGAGGACAUGCUGGAUGAAUGUGUCAUAGUUUCAUCGCCAUGCCCAAAGCAUGAUACUGACUGCCAAGAGGCCGGAAAAACGUGUGACUGGUUGAAGUUGAGCCAACGGGUCAAACUCAGGCCCCUGAGCAUUUAGGACCAUUCUAGGACUAUUUGGCAGCUGCGCUUAUUAAAUCAUUACCUGUACACCUGCAUAGGAUGACACCUCACCCUGCGAAAACCUUGCCUGCAAUGAUAUUCGAAGUUUUCAGGGAGUGAGGCAACUAGGGUUAUCAAAACACGCUUUGCCACAAAGCAAGAUGAGGCAUCAGACAAGGCAAACAUUUGAUUCAACCUACCAUUAUGAUCCAUUUUUAUGUUUGUGCUAGAACCGCUGCACAGGCCAAACUCCGUGUUGUUUGGACAAGGAUACCAACUGCACGGCGAGACGCCACCCGAGUCGAAUACAGAAUACGGGACAAGGGCUUCAAGUCAAGAGUUCAUUCUGGCCAAUGCAAAGCUCUCAGAGCGGGAUUGUCCGCCAAAAUGUCCUUUCCUCGGCCAGCCAGAUGCUCCUUUGAGUCAAUAUGAGCCAAUGCCUCCUUAUAUUUACACAUUUUUGCACUGAAGCACAGGCAGUUUGCAUGGUGGGUUUGAAUAGCAGGUUGCAUAGGAACCUCAUAAAACCUAGAAAUACUGUGGAUAUUUCGAGCAAAAGGAUUCGGAGCUUGGACAAAGCAAACCGCAGGAUGCCCAAGCCUCCCAAAGGCUUGGCAAAGGCUUGGGUGCUAUUGAAUUAGUGGCUUGCUGUAGGCAGCAAAGCACCGGCAUGUGGAAUCUCAGCGGAGCCAUCGCAAACUGUUGAUAUCUCGACGUCGAAAGUGCAGACGUAGGUCCACUAUAUAUGGUCCACUUGGACGAGCUUGGACAUGACUUCAGGGGGUGGCCGUCCUGUCCAUGGACUGCUUGCUUUGAUCUUGACUGUCAAGCUUAGACGCUUGUUUGAAAGGCCCUAUACAGUUACCGGGGCAGUCGCAAAUUGUGAAAAUAGUUGAACAUGCAUGCUGUUGAGGAUUGAUGCAGGAGUUUCUGAUUUUCCGAGACUGGAACCGAGUGGCUGCGUG